AUCUUAUGCUUUUAAUAAUUAGGAAUUGAGAAAUCAGCCAAUCACAUUUUGGUGAUCUGCAGUGGGAGUGAUUGGUUGAAUAAGAAAAUUGUCCUUCAUUUUUGGGGUAAAUGUAGCUAUAAAUAAGGACAAAUAUAUAUAUUUUUGGAGAUGCCAUUCAAUAGCUGGAAUUAAAAUAAUUAGAAAAAUCACAUAACAUGAAAUCACAUAGAAUAAAUCAUAUUCCGGUAAGCUGAGAUUGGUGUGAUUGUUUGAAGUAGUAAAACUGUCACUCUAGUCUAUUUGGAGGUUCUCGAUAAUAGAUACACCACUGGCUGUAAAUAUGAGCGACAAACCACAUGUAUUCUACUAAAAGCACUGUGUAAAGCACUGGUUUCCUCAGUUUUUUCACCAUGGCCUGUUAUCUGUACUGUUAAUUCUAUAUAACAGUAAAACAGUGCACAAAAGUCAGAGAAAAGACCUUUAGCACUUGUAAUCAAUGAAAGGUACAUAUGUAGCUCAACAUGUUUUGAGCCAUAAUCUGUGUUAAGGCAACUCCUCCUCCUUUUACAUUUUCACAGACACCACAUCUGGUCUGAAGCUCACACCUUCUGGCAACAGCCUGGAAAACUACUGGGAAAGCAUCUUAAGCAUCAGCCACCCUGCAUCUUUAGUACCUCUGUUCUUUUAGCUGCAGCAAAACCAAUUAAUCCACUUCAAGAUGUGGCUGCUGGUGUUUCUGGUGUGGUUCCUGAGCUGGGCAGGUGGAAUGUACUGGUAUUUCUGUGGCAGACCGAGCCCUUUCUCUGAGGACUGUGUAAGACCUGCAGGACCAAUGGAGCUUAACCAGAAGAAAAGAGACAAGGUUCUGAAGCAAGGCUUUGCCAAGAAGAAAGUGGCCAAGGAUUUGGAUGCAAUCGUGAUUGGCAGCGGGGUCGGUGGGAUGGCAGCAGCGGCUACAAUUGCCAAAACUGGCAAGAAAGUUCUUGUGUUGGAGCAACACGACCAGGCUGGAGGCUGCUGCCACACCUUUAUCGAUAAAGGUUUCGAGUUUGAUGUUGGGCUUCAUUACGUUGGUCAGUUGCACGAAAACAGUCUGUUUAAGAUCAUUUUUGACCAGAUCACUGAAGGCCAGCUGGAGUUUGCAGAGCUUGACCAGCAUUUUGACACGGUUGUGAUUGGCACAGGAAAGGAAACUAGGGAAUACACUAUCUGCUCAGGCAAAACUGAAAUGGAGGAACAUCUUAAAAAGCAGUUUCCUGAUGACACCGAAGCCAUUGAGAAGUUCUUCAAGAUCAUGAAGUUGUCAGCUAGGAAGACUCCCUUCUUGGCUGCACUGAAGCUGAUCCCAGAGUGGCUGGCCCUAUUCCUGGUGAGGAGUGGUCUUGCCAACCUCUAUUCCUCUGCCUUCCGGCUGUUAAGCAUAAGUGCCACAGAUCUGGUCGAGAAACUGACCUCCAACAAGGACCUCCAAGUUAUCUUUGCAUACUACUUCUAUGGUACUCCUCCAAGAGAUUCCAGCAGUCUGAUCAAUGCCCUGAUGCUGCAUCACUUCAAGCGUGGAGCAUACUACCCAAAAGGUGGUGCUAGUGAGAUCCCAUACCACAUCACUAAGGUCAUCCAGAAGUAUGGAGGGAACGUUCUGGUUCGUGCUCCUGUCAGUCGAAUCCUGGUGGACAGUCAAGGAGCUGCAUAUGGCGUUGCUGUCAAAAAGGGUAAAGAAGAAAUUGAAGUUCGGGCUCCUGUUGUCAUCUCCAACUGUGGCAUCUUUAACACCUUCAAGAGACUCCUGCCCCCAGAGAUACAAGUCAAACCAGAAAUCCAGAAUCGUCUGGAUAUGGUAAGACCUGGAAAAGGAUCCCUUUUGCUCUUCUCUGGAUUUGACGGCACAGCAGAAGAGCUGGGCAUCAGCGCAGUCAGCAGAUGGGUCUUUAAGAAUAACGACAUGGAUGCCAUGAUGGACGAUUUCUUCAGCUUGGGAAAGGAAGAGGCUCCAGAAAACAUUCCCAUGAUGUUUGUGACUUUCCCUUCCCCCAAAGACCCCAUAUCACAGAUUCGUCAUCCAGGUAAAUCCUGCAUGACUAUUCUGACUAUGGUCAAUUAUGAGUGGUUUGAGGAGUGGAAGGACACUCCAGUGAAAAGGCGAGGAGCUGACUAUGUAGAAUACAAGAACAGAUUUGCCAAACAUCUCUUUGACUGGGCCUGUGUCUUAUACCCUAAACUCAGAGAAAAGCUGGUCUUCCAGGACGUAGCUACUCCGCUGACCAACAAUUUCUACCUCGGGUCGUACCGUGGAGCCAUUUACUCAACUGAUCACAACUUGGAUCGCUAUCACAUGGAUAUAAUGGCCAAGAACCGCUGUGAAACACCUGUCAAAAAUCUCUAUGUAUCAGGUCAGGACAUGUUUAGCUGUGGGAUCAUUGGUGCACUACACGGUGGGCUUAUGUGUGCCUCAAGGGUGCUUGGGCGCAUCGUUUACAUCGACCUGUUGCUGCUUAAGAAGAAGCUGAAGAAGAGGAAGGCUUUGGAACUGGCUGCACUGGCUGAGAAGAAGCUGCAAUGAGACUAUACCUCAGUGACCCAAUAGAAGUGGGUCACCAAGCCUAUGAUGCGUAUUUGAGAGUGAGAGUCUGGAAACAUAAAAGGGGAACAAAUAACUUCUUAAUUAUGCUCUACCUUUACAGGACGUGUAACGUGUAUAUAUAAAAUUAUUUUUAUAUAUAUUUUAUUCACAUUGCUGUUUUAUUCUUAGCAUAUAAAGCAACAAAUACUUUAUUGGGCAAAUUAAUAUGAUGUUUUAGGACAACAACUAAACUGUGGCCUAAAGCUACUGAUCAGAAGGUUUGCCAUUCAGAGUAUUUUCUUUAUCAUAUUAUAUUCUGAAUGAAGAUUAAUUUCUGGGGCUGUGGUCAAGAGAAGUAAAUAUGUACAGACAGAACCAGCAUGUUGUUUGGUAAUGACAAUGUUUGAUAAUGAAAUGUUGACAAAGAGUUAAACAGCAAGUGAAGUUAUUCUGUUAAAGCGGGACAAAUGGAUAAGUUAAAAAGAGUUAAAAUCUGAAACGUUUUGACAAGAACCAUAUGUGUGAUUGCUGGAUGACUGGGUCAGAACAUUUCCAAAACAUCAGGCAGGUCCUGUGGAAUGUACCUGAUAUGCAGUGGUCAGUGCCUACCAAAGUGAUCCAGGGAAAUCGAUACCACAGGACAUUUUUUGUAGAGAUUGUGUGGAUUCGGUGCUUCGGUGGCAGGAGAAAAAUGUACAUAAUAUUUGGCUGAUAUUUUUAAUGUUAUGUCUGAAUUAUGUGUGUGGUAUCUUUUGUGUAUAUUGUAUUGAAUAAACUGUGAAAUAAAUCCAUCAGUAUAUUCUACAGUCUGUGACCCAAA